AUGGGUGAUCCUGAAAAUUGGGAUAAAAGGGAGGCAAACAGAAGCGUCCGUGAGGGGGAUGAGGUGAAUAGCGGAAGUGACCGACGCAUCAUUAGGGAUGAGGUGGCGACAGGAGAUGAUCUGGCUACGCGGGAUGAAGCGUCGGCGGGAGACGGGAAGAAGAAGACCGCGUCCCAGUUCAGUAUCCUGGAGCAUCUGUCCAUGCUAAACAGGAGAAAAAAACUAUCAAGGGAUGAUGGAUGGGAGGUAAUAUCAAACAUAUCGAAAUAUUCAUCAGACCAUAACAAAGAAACGGAAAAGAAAAAGAUAUUGAUUUGUUUAGGCAACAACAAUUUCGGCCAGUUAGGUUUCCAGGAGAAUGUUAAAAUUGGUAUAGUGGACUUUUCCACUGUUCUCAUUAAUAAGAGGUAUCCUGCAAAUGAGAGGAGCCGACGGGGAGGCCUUCAAACAGGUGGAGAUGAAACCAUUGGCGCCAAUGAUGGUGGAAGCGAAACACUUGUUGAAGGAGCUCCUGGUGAUGAAGCCAAGAGAAAGCCGGAAAGACGCAAAAGGUACAACGACCUCGCCAGGGAAAUCAGACGACGGAACAACAACUCCUCCUUCUACAAUUGCCAGUCGAACAAUACCCUGAGCAAAAACGAAAUAUACAACGACAUCUUGACCAGGCUCCCUAACGAUUUUAACAUCUCCACAAUUAAGAAAAUAAAAAAUAAUGAACAAGUUGGGAUGAACAUGAGGAAAGGAAACGUACAUAACUUGCUAGAAAGGAGACUCACAACAAGCGGCAGUGGAAGGAAAAAUAUAAGCGUCACUAGUGGGGAAGAAAUGAAAAACAGAAAUACACAAAAUGAUAAGUGUAUGGUAAAGAAGGAACCACAUGGAAAACUACUUCUGCUCAGGAAAAAAGACAGCACUUGCAAAAGGAGGACAGGGAGUGUCCGGAUCAAUCUGAGUAAGGGCACAGACUACCUGACCAGGAAUAGAUACAAGGAAGGAGCCAUGGAGGAGAAGAAGAAAAGGUUCUUUUCUGAAAAUGAAAAGGACAAGGACUACGAAAGAAGGAUCCAUCAGUAUAGCGAUUUCUUCAAGACGAGUGAGCAUUUGGUGGGAGUCAGUGGUGGCUCUUGUGCUUUAGGGGGAGUUCGUGAAAACAGCCAAGGAGAAAUCCAGCGCAAAGUGGACCUGCUAAAACAAGUGGACACUAGCAACAGCCCCAACAGCAACAGGCACCUGGCAGAUGGAAGGAACAAACACGGGGAGGAUUAUCUCUACUUUAACCCAGAGAUAAUAAACUGUGGCAAGUACCACUCCGGGGUUGUUAGCGAAAACGGAUUUGUGUGUCUGUGGGGGCUAAACUGCUACGGACAACUGGGUGUUAAUCCGAACAAGUCAAUCCACACAUGUUAUCGGAGAACAAAAUUAAACAUUUUGAAAAAGGCUCCAGAAGAUGAGGACAAAGCGAAGAGGGAGAAAAAAAAAAAAAAAAAAAAAAAAAACUUUGGAGUAAAGGCAUUUUUCUCCUCUAUGAAUACAGAAAAGACAGUGCUGUCCCCAUACAUACAUAAAUUAGUGCCCUUGAAACAUUUCGGACAUAAGCAUAAAGUGAAGGACAUAAGUUUAGGGUCGUUCCACACAUUACUACUCACCUAUGAUGGCUUCGUUUUUACCUUUGGGUGUAAUAAGAAGGCACAGUUAGGGCUGCCAAAUGGCUACCACAGGAAGGUGUCCCACACGAGCAGGCCGUUCCUAUUACCACUGGUGGUUGUCGAACGAGGGAUGCAGAAUACCCAUCUACGCUAUGGACGAACGAAUACCUUUUUCUUCUCAUCGAAGAAGACUUAUGCUAAUAUCGCACACCCAGUUAUUUCCAUCAACUGUGGGGCGUACAACAGUGCCCUGAUCGAUGCAAAUAGAAAGCUGUGGAUUUGGGGCUGGAAUAAGUUUGGCCAGAUAGACAACUCCUACGCUAUUGAGAAGGUGAAGAAGAAGGAGCGAGAAGAAGCUGCGCAGGUGUGCAAUACGUGCCGUAAGGGCGGGAAAAAUAUUAGCAUGGUGAGCCUGAAAAGGAUAAGCGAAAUGGUACAAAAAGGGAGAAAACACAUAAAAAAAAAGUUUACAUCUAAGGAGAAUUUACACAGGGAAGAUGAAUGCGCUCAUAUGGACAAACGUCAGAGAUAUGGGAAAAGCAACAAACUUGUGAAUAUCCCUAGAAAUGUAAAGAUAAAAAAUAAGAAUGUACUUCAAGUGAGUUUGGGUAAAUACCAUAGCCUCUGUCUGACGGAGGACAAGUCUGUGUAUAUAUGGGGCUACUUGAAGAAGAAGAAAAAAAAAAAAGAAGCACAAGACGGAGAUACAGAUGUAGAGGUAGAAGGAGAAGAAAAGAAUUAUUCAUAUGUUAUGUCAUGUUGCGGAGGUAAGAAGUACUACAGGAACAUCACGAGCGUCACAGAGAUAACCUGUUUGAGUAACCUGUACAUCUCAAGUAUUACCUCCUCCAGUACACACACGGCAUUCGUUGCUCCCAUUACCUACAUCGAUGAGAGAAGUACCGUCUCAGCAGGAGAGGAAAAAGCGGGAGACAAGUUCAGAAACAAUAUUCUUCUGAAAAAUGGAAGUUCCCACUUCUUGGAAUACUAUUCUGAUCAGGUCAUAACAAGGGGAGGAGAUAACAUUUUUUACGUAAAAUACGUUGACCUCAUUCAUUUGAUUCGCAGACCAUCCGAAGGGGUAGAGAGUUACACUGCAGGGCAGGGCACCUACCCAAGGGAGAAUGUCUACCUGAUAAAUAACUCCCUCCAUGUUAGUAAUGUGUAUAACCAUGAGAGUAAUUAUUACCUCAAUUUUAACACUCAAGAAGGGCGUUCUCCUAGGAGGACGAAUGAAGAAUCGAUUAACAACACCACUGACCGAGUAAAUAAAAUUCUGCAACCACUUCUCCUCAGCAAUAACAACAAUCUGAGCCGUGUUGAUUCACUGCAAAUAUUUCAAGUUGCCUUGGGGAAGAAUUUUGCCAUUUUUUUAACCUCCUCUCCAUCCAUUAAUCGUAUUUUAAACAAAAAAAAAAUAGAUUACAUAAACAAUAUUUGCUCCUUAGAUGUUUUGAGAAAAAAAAUCCCCGAGAGGAAUAUUUUCAUCAUUGGCAAGUCUGAUUUCCAUCACAUCAUAUUGCCCAGUAACUGUAAGGAGACAAGUAUCCCGAUCUGUCUGCACAAGAAUAAAUUAAUAAAUGAGGUCCUCCUACGAAAUAAGAAGCACAAUUUUUUAAACAUAUCUAGGAGGAAGAAAUAUUCGGAUCAGAUUAACUAUUGUAACAAACUGCUAAACUUGAAAAAGCUGCAUGGGAAGAUAAAAAAAAGUGUGACUAACUGCAGUUUACUCUAUAACAGUAUAGACCAACAGAGGUUUCCCCUCAGCCUCGACUCCACUAUUGCAAAUAGGAGCUCUCUAACGGUGUACAAAUUACAAUCUGCGAAUUAUAGCACAUCCUUAAGCAGGAGCAGAAAGUCUAUAUCAUAUGUGCAAUCGUCCAGUGAUCGCGCCAGCAGCAACAACAACAGCAACAAUAUUUUCCACUUCAACUUGGGGAAGAGGAGGGAUAAGGGGGUGGGGGAUAGUCGGGGCAAGUGCGAUUCCUCGGAGGAUCGCUUUUCCGGUGACCCGGAUGGGAGGAGUCGUGUGGGGGGCCAUGUGAGGAGCAACCACGUUGGCGGUAAUGGCAGCAAUGACAGCAAUGGCAAUGGAACCAAUGGUAAUGGAACCAAUGGCAAUGGAGAUGAACCCUGCGAAGGCGACUCCUUCCGCACAACGCCCCAACCAUCGCAGAGCUCGCGGCUGACAUACUCCUCCAUGGCGCGAGCCAACCUGAGCAGACACGCAGACGCAAACGAGUCGGAGGUAAGUAACCAAGAUGGAUCCACUGGAGGGGAAAAUAAAGAGAAGAGGCCAAGCACACCCCCCUUAUGCAAAGAACAGAAGGAUGAUUUGUUAAGUUCAUCGAACGAGGGGGACCUGAAGACGGAACACAAUUUACAAAUCGGAUCCCAUUUAGGUAUUCCAAAUAAAGAAUCCCAUGUGUGUGACGAACCUGGGGAGUACUACCCCAUUGGUAUGAAAAAAGAAGUAAGCAGUGUCUGCGACACACAAAAUGGUGGCAAACAGUUUUCACACAGGAGCAGCAGUAGUUGUAGUAGUGGCUGCAAUAAUCAGCUUUCGAGUGGCCAAGAGGUGGAAAGAGCUAACAAUUCCGUGGUAGGUUCUUUUUCCAUCUUGAGGAGGACAAAAAAGGCUGAGAUGUGCAGGGAGUACACGCGUGGGCAGAAUAACGAAAAGGAAGGUGAAAAGGAAGAGAAAGAGGACGACAAGAAGGGAGAGAAAAAGGAAGGCGAAGUGGUCGGCGAAAAGGAAGGCGAAAAGGAAGGCGAAAAGGAAGGCAGAAAGGAAGGUGUACAGGAGAGUAGUAACCCCCCCGCGAAGGAAAAGCGCAAAAGUUCUGCAUUCAUAAAUAAAAAAAAACUAUUCAGAAAUAUGAUACUGCAAGCUAUCGAUAACAUGAAUGAUAAUUUUUUAAUUCAGAAGAAUGGAAAUGGAAGAUUGCUCGAUUGUGAACAAGUUAAGUUAAAGUUUAAAGUUUUUAAAAGAAGGAGAUCUUGCCUGUGGAAUUACUUCACGUACCAUCAUACGAAGAGGAUGUGUCCCUUGGGGUUCAACUUGUAUGAAAAUAUCGUAAACACAACGCUGCUCGAUGUGGCAUGUGGGGAUUACCACUCAUUGAUUUUGUUGGAGGUGGACACGCUGACGUGA